UUUUAAAAAAAACUAACAACAAGCAAAUAAGAGUGGGCAAAGAUCUAUCGUUUUAUGAGAUAGAUAGUUUACAUUCGUAUAUUCCCCCGAAGCAAUUCUUGGCUGAAAAGACAUAGGAAAACCGAUUGCUCGCUCUCCAAAAAGUCAAACAAACAAUCUCCCCAUACUUCACGAGCUUCUAUUAAAAAAACGCAAGAAAGAUAUCUCAUAUUUUGAUUAUUCUCCAAAAAGAUUCAUAUUUGAUUCCAUUCGCUUUCUCACUUAUUUCCACGAACAAUCAAAACCCAUAUCAUAAAAUCUUUCAUCAUAUACCCAUUUAUUACACCAAUCUCUCAAUCAAGACCAUGUUGAUAGCUUAAUACGCCAUAAGAUCAAGCCUUCGAUCGUCAAACUUCAUGGGUUUGGAGGGAAGCAACCAAACGAUCUUGAGCAAUGAUCAGAAGAACACUACAGAUAAGAAAUCAAACCCUAAACUAACUUUACUACCUCUAAUCGCCCUAAUUUUCUACGAAGUUUCCGGGGGUCCAUUUGGUGUAGAGGAUUCAGUCAAAUCAGGAGGUGGAGCUCUACUUUCAUUACUAGGGUUCUUAAUUUUCCCCAUUUUCUGGAGCAUCCCAGAAGCACUAAUCACAGCAGAACUCGCCACAAGCUUCCCUGAAAACGGCGGUUAUGUCAUCUGGAUAUCAUCGGCGUUCGGCCCUUUUUGGGGUUUUCAAGAAGGGUUUUGGAAAUGGUUUAGUGGAGUUAUGGAUAACGCACUUUACCCUGUAUUAUUUCUCGAUUACUUAAAGCAAUCACUCCCAAUCUUCGAUCAAUUAUACGCUAGAAUUCCAACCCUUUUAGCAAUUACUAUCUUAUUAACUUAUCUGAACUACAGAGGCCUUCAUAUCGUCGGAUUUUCUGCUGUUCUUCUUGCUUCUUUCUCUCUCCUUCCAUUUGCAGUCAUGGGUAUUCUUUCAAUCCCCAAAAUCAUGCCUAAAAGAUGGAUAACUUUAGAUUUCAAGAAGGUUCAAUGGAGGGGUUACUUCAAUAGCAUGUUUUGGAACUUGAAUUAUUGGGAUAAAGCAAGUACAUUAGCUGGUGAAGUUGAAAAUCCUAGUAGGACGUUUCCGAAAGCUCUUUAUGGUGCUGUUAUUGUGGUGGUUUGUUCUUAUUUGAUUCCACUUUUGGCGGGAACUGGGUCGUUGGAAUCGGAUUCCAGUGAAUGGAGCGAUGGGUAUUUUGCUGAAGUCGGGUUUUUGAUUGGAGGAUCUUGGCUAAAAUGGUGGAUUCAAGCUGCUGCUGCUAUGUCGAAUUUGGGGUUGUUUGAAGCUGAAAUGAGUAGUGAUGCUUUUCAACUUCUUGGCAUGAGUGAAAUCGGAAUGCUUCCUUCUAUAUUUGCUUCCAGGUCAAAAUAUGGGACACCAACAAUCAGCAUAUUAUGCUCAGCAACGGGUGUCAUCUUUCUAUCAUGGAUGAGUUUUCAAGAAAUCUUGGAAUUUCUCAACUUUUUAUACGCAAUUGGAAUGCUAUUCGAAUUCGCAGCUUUUAUAAAACUAAGAUUAAAGAAACCAGAUCUUCAUAGACCUUAUAAAGUUCCUUUAAAAACAUUUGGUGCAACAAUGUUGUGUGUACCUCCUGCUACUUUACUUGUACUCGUGAUGUGUUUGGCUUCCUUAAGAACGUUCUUGGUGACCGGUGGUGUUGUUGCUCUAGGGUUUUGCUUGUACCCUUUUAUCAUUCAUGCGAAAAAUAAAAAUUGGGCCCACUUUGUUUCCAUUGAUGAUGUAAAAUUAAAUGAUUGUGAUUUGGAAGAUGAUGAAGACGUAUUGCGCCACGUGGCGGAUGAAGCCGGGGUCCGUUUACUAUCGGAUUCUUCGUCAUCUUCUAGUAUGGAAAAAAACCUCGGAGCAACAAUUCAAUUGCUGAAAUCAGCAAGCGCGAUUCAAUUCAGGUAUUCAAGACUAAAUGGGUGCGAAUCACUUGCAAAGAACAACUUCCUCAAAUUCUUGAUCCUAACAAUCGGUAGAGAAAAUCUCCCUCUUCACAACCGAUUAAUCACUUCAAUCGUAAAAAACGCCACUCUAUCCAAAACCCCACCACCAACAUUCAAAAAGUUCACAAAAUCCCUAAAUGUCAAGAUUGCGAGGGGACAAAGGAACAGUCUGCAGUCAUAUGUUCCUUCGUCCCCUCGCAAGAGCCGGUCCCCACGGGACCGGAAGUUAAAAGACCGUUUUAGCCCUCUCGGGCCAAACGGUAAAUCUGAUUUCCACCAAAGUCCAACCGAACUUCAUUCUCUCGGUAGCCGACCGCCAAUUGAGGUUUUAUCGGUUGAAGACGGCGAAGAGGUUGUUUCCGGAAGCCCAGGGAUUCAGAGUAGAAGCCCAGUCACAGCUCCUCUGGGUAUUUCAUUAAGCAAAACCCGAAAGAGCUUGUACCGGGCUUCUGUCCAUGGGCCUGCGAACGCUUCGCGGGCCCAUAUGUGUCAGAACAAUUUUGAAUUGCCCGAUAGUCGAUACUUGAGGGGGUGUUUGCGGCAAAAGUUGGAAGUUGAAGGGCUAAGUGUUUCCGAAGAUUGUGCGAAUUUGUUAAAUGUUGGUUUGGAUGCUUAUUUGAAAAGAUUGAUCGAGCCUUGUAUCAGUCAAGCCCGGUCAAGGCUCGGUCAAUCUCAAUCUCAAAGUCAAAGUCAAAUUGCCCCUGUUUUAAAUGGGCCGAGGGUAGUUUCGUCUGUUUUGGAUCUUAGUGUUGCGAUGGAGUGUGAUCCACGUAGACUUGGAGUUGACUGGUCAACGCAAAUGGAGAAAUUACGGUUUAGUACUUUUGAAGAAUAA